AUGGCAUCCUCAAAGGACGACCGUGAUAGUAACGACGAGAAAGACGACAAAAAGAUCGAUCGCUCAUUGUUUAUUUUGACGUUGUAUGUAAAAACAUCAACCGCAUUGCCGCCUGCCUCCCAUUCCUCUACGGGGCCCAUCGAAUCACAUAACAUCGAACAUAUUAAAGUAAAUAACAAAAGUGAAGAAAUACAAAUUGAAGAAGCUCCAAAUGUAGAAGGUAAACAAAUACUAGACGACGAUGGAACCGGAUUCGAUUACCCAGUUGUUACAAAAAAAGAAGCAGAAUCUGAAAUUACUCAUUUAAACAUAGAACAUCUGAGACAAAAAUGUAUGCAUCUCACAAAACUACUUAACCUAAACAAACCACCGAGUAAACCAACAACUUAUGAACAGUACCAAGAUGACUACAGACCGGUUUAUGUCACAACACAAAAACCCACUGUUAGACCUACAUAUGCCCCUGUUACAAGACCCAGUAGUUUUUAUGUGACAGUGCCUCCUGGUAAUAAUAGAAUAUCAAUACCAGCUGCUUCAGCUAUAAGAUACAUUCGUCUUGAACCAGUAAUCUUACAAAAAACAAUUUUAAGUAAUGGAAGAACAGUAUACUACUGGCAUAAAAGUCUUCCUACAGCAGUUGAAUACCCAGACAAAAACGAAAAUAUAGGAAGAGACGAGCCACAACAGGGAAAUUACAAUUACGGAUAUAACCCUUUUUACAAUUAUUAUUACAAUCCUAAUUUGUAUAUUCCUCCAACAAGUAAUUACUACUCACCUUUCUAUCCAAAUGUAGCUCCUGUGAAACCAACUGAAACUACAACAGAACAAACGACCACAACAACAGAAGAGAGUAGUUUUAGUUAUGGUUUAAGCCAUUUAAUACCAUUUUAUGGUAGCGGCGGGGAUUCCCCAUCCACAACAACAGAAGUACCCACUACCACACCUCCAAAACCUGAUGACUUGCUUUACGGACAACAACUUAAAUUUAUGGUUCCAUAUCCAUAUGAAGAAAAUAUAAGGCAAAAUUGGGGAUACAAUCCCUAUAAUAAUUACAAUUACGUGCCGCAAGUUGUUCCUCAAUCUUCUAAUAAUUAUAGAGUACCUUAUGCUCCACAAAUGCAAAUUGUUAAAGCUGUAGUGGUUCCAAAAGUUGAAGCUAAAUCUGAUGAGAAAGACGAAGAGAUAACUAAGUAG